UGUGAUGUUGGAAAUGUGGAGCUAAUAUAAAAUUUAGAUUGAUGUGAAUAUUUCUAUUGAAUAAUACCAUGUUUGUAACUCGACAAAUUCCAGCGGAACACAAAGAUCUUAUUCAUGAUGUAUCAUAUGACUUUCAUGGAAAUCGCAUGGCUACAUGUUCAAGCGACCAAACCGUAAAGGUUUGGGAUCUUGGUGAAGAUGGUCAGUGGAAUUGCACAGCAAGCUGGAGAACUCACAGUGGAUCUGUGUGGCGGGUUACUUGGGCCCAUCCUGAGUUUGGCCAGGUCAUUGCCACCUGCUCAUUUGAUCGAACAGCUGCAGUUUGGGAAGAAAUCAUUGGAGAGUAUGGCAAGGGUAACCAGAGCAACUGGGUGAAGAGGUCAAGUUUGGUUGACAGUCGCACUUCAGUCACUGAUGUCAAAUUUGCACCUAAACAUUUAGGAUUACAGCUGGCUACAUGUUCAGCUGAUGGGACAGUUAGAAUAUACGAGGCUCCUGAUGUGAUGAACCUGAGUCAGUGGUCCCUUCAGAAUGACAUACAGACCAAACUUAGCUGCAGUUGUCUGUCAUGGAACAUGUCAAGAAUGCAUCCACCGAUGAUAGCAGUGGGGAGUGAUGAUGCCAGUCCUGCUGGUGGGGGGAAAGUUCAGAUUUAUGAAUACAACGAUAAGACAAGGAAAUGGGUGAAAGUGGAAACCAUCAAUAUUGUAACAGAUCCGGUGCAUGACAUUGCCUUUGCUCCUAACUUAGGGAGGUCAUAUCAUCUCCUGGCAGUAGCAUCUAAAGAUCUCAAAGUUAUCAGCCUCACACCUCUCAGCACAAGAGAUGCACCUCUAGCAGCAAAUCAAGUCAACAACAACAAAUUCACCAUUAAAAGAGUAGCAGAGUUCACCGAUCAUGAUUCAGAAGUUUGGAGAAUAUGUUGGAAUGUGAUUGGGACAGUGCUGGCCUCCUCAGGGGAUGAUGGCUGUGUCCGACUCUGGAAAGCAAACUACCUGGACAGCUGGCGGUGUAUGGCAGUGCUGAAGGGGGAUGGCACACACCAGCAGGAUAUGGACCGCUUGCCUGGGCUUGCUGCACUUUCUCAGCAACCUAGCUUCAACAGUAAUGCUCAGACAGACAUGGGGGUCAGCGGUAGUGUCAGCUCACCACCUCCAGUGGCGAAAGGGAACAUGAAUAUAAAGAGAAACUCAGGAUGGCCCAACUUUAACACAAAAAAGGACCAAGGCAAGAUGUACUACUGAUCCAAAGCACCAUCCAGUUAUUACAGUCAAUAAGCCUUUAAAGUAGCUGAUCUCAUAUUAUUGUAUUGUCAAAUUUUGAUACAUUAUACUCAAAGUAUAUCAAUAUAUAUAUAAAUAUACUCAUUCAACUGAAAGACAAAUAGAAUGAAGCUAUUUUUAAUAUGUUAUAUACAAUAUUCUUAAAUGCUAGAUGGAAGUAAGUGGUAGAAAUUCAAGGGGUGACCAUCAUGUUGAUUUCUCUAAUUUAAAGUAAAUCUGUAACUCUAUGUACCACAUCCAUUUUACAGAGUUACUCCCCUUUAGUCAUUCACAGGAUCAUACCAUAAUGUGUUCAUGUGUGAAAACUGCUGCAAGUUUAAUCAUUCCCAGCUAAAGGGGCAACUCAUCAUUUUAGUUAUUUUUUUUUUUUUACAUUCAUUUUUUAACAAUUUCUGGGAAUCGCUCAUUACAGUUUCCAUGGCAAUAUUGAAUCAUCUUUGUAUCUAGUAUAACUUUGGGAUAUCUUCAUUUGUCAUUUGUUAGAACAGCUAGUGUGCCUUAAAUGAAUGUCAGGGAUUUUGAUGUUCCAUGUACUUUUUAUUACCAGGAUCUUCAUGUGAUUUUAAAACUGUACUAUGAUUUAUGGGUAUGUAUUGUUUAUUUGUAAAAGUCUUGCUGUGACCCCUAAUGAUGUAUUCAGAUAUCCCUCUUUCUAUAUAAAGGACAAUGUACAAAAUGUAUGAAGAUAUGGUUACACUUAUAUUUGAUGUCCUUUGUGUUGCCCUGAGAACUCGGCAUGUUUCUGUUUCCCUUUCCUUAGGCUCAAUAGUUGGUACUAUUGUACUUUACCUGGAAUCAAUAAUUGUUCUUUUCUUUGAAAUCCAUGACUGGUUUCCAUUGUCCUUGACGUGGAAUCAACCACCAAUUCCCGUUGUCCUUGACGUGGAAUCAAUCGUCAGUUUCCAUCGUCCUUGACGUGGAAUCAGUCACCAGUUCCCAUUGUCCUUGACGUGGAAUCAAUCGUCGGUUUCCAUCGUCCUUGACGUGGAAUCAGUCACCAGUUCCCAUUGUCCUUGACGUGGAAUCAAUCGUCAGUUUCCAUUGUCCUUGACGUGGAAUCAAUCACCAGUUCCCAUUGUCCUUGACGUGGAAUCAAUCGUCAGUUUCCAUUGUCCUUGACGUGGAAUCAGUCACCAGUUCCCAUUGUCCUUGACGUGGAAUCAAUCGUCAGUUUCCAUUGUCCUUGACGUGGAAUCAAUCACCAGUUCCCAUUGUCCUUGACGUGGAAUCAAUCGUCAGUUUCCAUCAUCCUUGACGUGGAAUCAGUCACCAGUUCCCAUUGUCCUUGACGUGGAAUCAAUCAUCAGUUUCCAUUGUACUUUACAUGGAAUCAAUCGUCAGUUCCCAUUGUCCUUGACGUGGAAUCAAUCUCCAGUUCCCAUUGUCCUUGACGUGGAAUCAAUCUCCAGUUCCCAUUGUCCUUGACGUGGAAUCAAUCGUCAGUUUCCAUCAUCCUUGACGUGGAAUCAGUCACCAGUUCCCAUUGUCCUUGACGUGGAAUCAAUCAUCAGUUUCCAUUGUACUUUACAUGGAAUCAAUCGUCAGUUCCCAUUGUCCUUGACGUGGAAUCAAUCGUCAGUUUCCAUCGUCCUUGACGUGGAAUCAAUCACCAGUUUCAAUUGUACUUGACGUGGAAUCAA